UUACAGGCUUGAAAAAGAUGAUCGAGCUGAAUGAGCAGAUGAAAGCAGACAUGAUGAAGCGUGAAGCAGAAAGCAGGCGUCGUUUGGGGGAAAUUUUACCCUUCUACGAACUCGCUAAAGAAAAUCUUAGAAUGAGAACUAUGAUGCUCUCAAACUCGCAGAAGGAUGAGGCAGGUUCACAGCGGGCGAAGGAACGACUCGAAGAAAAAAUGAAAAAGUUGGAGGAGGACGCGUUAGCAACGCGGAAUGACGCAUUCAAUUUUUUUUGCAUGUGGUAUGAGAGCAAUGUUCUGAACGGGAAUGCCGUUGUCAAAAACACAGAGGGCAAGUCAAUGGAAGAGAUUUUCGACAUGUCUCUGGAGCGGUAUAUCGCCGAAACCAAAAGAAAGCCUCAACUCGAGAGGAUGGAAGAAUUGAAGAAAAGAGAAGAGAUCUUAUUCCGGCAACUGGCUGAAAUGUACAAAUCUUCUGCAGUGGUUGAAGAGGAAAUUGGGUAA